AUGGAUCGAUGCAAGCCGAGGGAAGAAACUGGAAUCCAGCUCGCUGGAAGCAGAGUUCCUCGCUUCGAUUCGCUUGGCGUCCUCAUUCGGCAUUUAUCUCUGCGCUGCGAAGGCACCUGGAGCUUGAAUCGCUGGACGAUGCCAAGUUCUCGUCGGAAUUCCCGCAACAGCAAGCGGAAGCCGAACAGCUCUCACAAGUCCAAGCGACUACCGACGGUGGACUUCAGCACGUCUAUCUCAAGCGUAUCGAGCGAGCCCACGCCCAUUCUCGAGUCGUCUCUUGGGAGUUCCUACCAAAAGCACGUACUGCGUCGACACCACCAAACUCGCGGAUCUCGACGCCAUGGAGCAUCAGCUAGUGGAGGUAUCAGAGACUCCCCGUUCACGCCUCGACGGCCAGUGGGUGCUGUACCUGAGCUCUUCGUAACUUUCCGUCAUGUUUCGCUAGCAGUAGACAUUCCAGUGUCGCCUGCUGCAGCGGCAGCAGCAGCUCAGGCUUCUUCAGGGCAACUGAGUCGCGAGUCUCUGGCCGCCAAGCAGUUUCCGACCAUCGCGAACCACGUACGCGGGAUUGCUGCUGCCUUCACUGCGAACAAGACAUUCGUACGUCGUCAGAUAUUGAAGAACGUGACUGGAGCUUUCACGCCAGGCUCCAUGACGUUGCUUCUCGGCCGCUCUGGAUCUGGCAAGUCUGUGCUGCUUAAACUUCUCAGCGGACGGCUCGAUGUGGCCAACAAGAGUGUGACUUUGGACGGCGAAGUCUCGUACAACGGUCUAUCACGUGAUGAACUCAAGGCGCAACUUUCUCAGUGCGUGUCGUACGUCCCUCAGCAAGACACUCAUCUGCCCGUGAUGACAGUGAAGGAGACGCUUGAUUUCGCGUUCGAGUGCUGUGCCAUCAACUCCGAUGCGAAGCCUGUUGGUGCCGUGUACAAGUCUCCGGCUUCAGAAUAUCCACUGGCGCUUCCUACCUCAUAUCUCGGCGGUGAGCGAGAUCCAGUGACUGUGACUCGAGAACUUGGUUUGACACGCUGCCAAGGCACCAUCGUGGGCGAUGAACGCAUCCGUGGAGUCUCUGGAGGAGAGAAGAAGCGUGUGACGACUGGAGAGAUGGCGUUUGGUCCUCAUGCAGUGUCGCUGAUGGACGAGAUCACGACGGGGCUGGACAGCUCUGCAGCUUUCGAUAUUGUCAAUGCUCAACGCCGUUUAGCCAGACAACAGCGACAGACUGUGGUCAUUUCGCUGCAACAGCCUGCUCCUGAAGUUCUGGCGCUCUUCGAUAAUGUGCUACUGUUAGCGGAUGGUGAAGUUUUGUAUCACGGACCUCGAGCUCAUAUUCAGGCUUACUUUGAGGCGUUGGGCUUUGUUUGUCCGCCAGGACGUGAUCUCGCUGACUUCCUGUGCGACUUGGCGUCUCCACAGCAGAUCCAGUACGAGCAAUCUCAUGCUCCAAUGCCCGGUAGACGUCGUCAUCCUCGCACUGCCAACGAGUUCGCCGACUUGUGGAUCAUGUCGCCCAUGUACGAAGCGAUGGUGGAGGAGCUGGAUCAUCUCGAUAAUGACAUGGAGGCGUACAGCCAGAUGCACAGUAGAAAUGGCGAGAGAGGACUCUACUUCGACCAAGAAGCGCUACUGCGAAUUCCAGCGUUCCGACAGAGCUAUCUACGUAGCACGUGGACAGUGGUGAAGCGCCAGAUACGGCUAUUUGGUCGCAACAAGGUCUUCUUCGUGGGUCGCUUGCUGACGGAUCUGCUCGUCGGUUUGAUGGUGGGGUCAGUCUACUACGGCAUGAAUCUUGCAGAUUCACAGGUGACGUUGGGUGUCAUCUUCUCGUGUGCGCUGUUUCUUGGACUUGGCCAGUCCGCGACAUUAGCGCCGUUCUUUGAUGCACGUGAAGUGUUCUAUAAACACCGCGGCGCCAACUUCUACCGCACGUCCAGCUACGUUCUAGCCUCGUGUCUCAGUCAGAUCCCUCUCGCGAUCACUGAAGCUCUGGUUUUCGGGUCUCUGGUCUACUGGAUGGGAGGAUUCAUCGCAACAGCGGAGCAGUUCCUGGUAUUCGUGCUGUAUAUGCUGUUGACAGUGCUGGUCUUCGUCGGCGAGUACUACUUCCUGUCCACGGCAUGUUCGACGCUGCAUAUAGCUCAGCCGCUGUCCACCUUAGCUCUGCUAUUUUUCAUCCUCUUUGCUGGUUUUGCUGUCUCCCGUGAGCAGCUCCCGACUGCAUUGCGGUGGAUCUACUGGAGCAACCCUCUCGCUUGGACAACACGUGGAGUUAUGGUAAGUCAGUACCGCAGCAGUGAGCUGGAUGUCUGCGAAUACGGUGGAAUCGACUACUGCAAGAUGUACGGAGGCAGGACGUUGGGUGAAUAUUCUCUCGGGUUGUACGACGUUCCUGAUGAUCCCAAGUGGGUAGUGCUGGGAAUUGUGUUUCUCGCGUCCAUGUACGUCGUCAGCAUGUUCUUAUCGUACGUUAUGCUGGAAUAUCACCGUCAUGAAUCCUCCCCAGCGGUGCCGCCACAGCUGUCGGCUUCUUUCUCGGAUACGACCAUCGCAACGCCGAGACAACCGAAGGAAUCUUACGCCAUGUUGUCUACGCCUCAUGGAGAUGCAGACGAAUUACUGGAGAGCGACUUGGCUGGGUUUCCUAGUGGUCGCAAUGAUAUCGCAGUGUUGGGUGAAGACGACAUGAACGACUCGUUUUACGCUUCACAAGGACUUCGUACUAAUACAGAAGAAAUCACGGUACGCUUGACGCCUCGAUGGGAUGUACCGCCGGUGACGCUCGCUUUCCAGGAUCUACGAUACAGUAUCACAGUCCCUGCAGAUACUUUAGUGGAUCCUGCUGGACAACGUGGCACUGAAGGAGCUCCAGGUCGUCCUGUGGCGGUGGAUUCUCGUGAUAAUGCGGGGAAGAGCAAGGAAACGGUGACUCGUGAACUACUGAAGGGUGUCACUGGUUACGCCGUACCGGGUACAAUGACAGCACUCAUGGGCUCUACUGGAGCUGGGAAAACGACACUCAUGGACGUGCUGGCUGGUCGAAAAAGGGGGAAAUCAGGCAAGAAGAAGAAUCGAGCACCAACGUUACGAGGCCGCGUACUGCUCAAUGGCGUGGAUGCUACGGAACUUGCAGUGCGCCGAUGCACCGGGUAUUGUGAGCAGACGGAUGUGCACUCUGACGCCUCUACAUUCCGUGAAGCCUUACAGUUUUCUGCUUAUCUCCGUCAAGGCGACCGGGUAGCUCCUGAAAGGGUUGAAGAGAUUGUCGAUGAGUGUCUGGAUCUUCUGGAUCUGCGCGGCGUAGCUGGUCAACUCAUUCGUGGCAGUUCGAGUGAGCAGCUCAAGCGGUUGACACUAGGAGUGGAGCUCGCUGCGCAGCCUAGUGUGUUGUUUUUGGACGAACCAACCAGCGGUCUGGACGCCCGAGCAGCAAAGGCGCUCAUGGAUGGCGUUCGCAAGGUAGCGGACACUGGACGUACAGUGAUCUGUACCAUUCAUCAGCCGUCGACCGAAGUAUUCCUGCUUUUCGACACUCUUCUGCUGCUGCAACGCGGUGGAGAGACUGUGUACUUCGGCGAAUUGGGACGCAACGGCGAAACUCUUGUCAAUUAUUUCCAAGGAUUGGGUCUGCCACGCAAUGCGCCGAUCUUUAAGCCUGGAGACAACCCAGCUACGUGGAUGCUGGAUGUGAUUGGUGCUGGAGUUGAGAAAAUCAAGCUUCAGGCAUCAUUCCCCAUGAAGGUUCGACCAGCAGCGAUGAAGAACCCUCGACUCCAACAACUGGAUGCUUCUCUAAACUCUUCGAUCAGCUCGGAGUUCUCUCGUCAGCAUCGCGACGAAGCUUUUGACUUCGUUACAGCCUACAGAUCAAGUCGCAUGAAGCAGCGUCUGGAUGCUAAGCGAGCAGCUCCUGGAGUGUUCAUGCCGUCAGAUCGACUGCCACCUGUGACGUAUGCUCAGCGUCGAGCUGCAAGUGAUGGACUGCAGUUCACUAUGCUCAUGCGUCGGUUCUUGCGGCUCUAUUGGCGCACUCCAUUCUACACAUUCACUCGAAUGGUGACUGCGUUGACUCUGGGUUUGAUGUUUGGGUUGGUCUACUCAGGCAGCAAUGACUUCACUACGUACCAAGGUGCUAACGGCGCGGUGGGUCUGAUCUUCUUCUCGACGUGCUUUUUAGGCGUCGGAGCAUACGUCCACGUGCUGCCUGUUGCCUUUGAGGAACGCGGACCUUAUUAUCGUGAACGCGCGUCCGAGACGUACAGCGCUCUGUGGUACUUUGUAGCCUCAUCAGUGGUGGAGAUUCCCUAUGCGGCUGUGGCUUCCAUGAUCUUCGUGGGCGUCUUCUACCCGAUGGCAGGCUUCUCCGCGUACGGCGACUUCGCUCAAGUUGUGGUAUACUGGCUAGUUUUGACUAUGCAUAUCCUGUUCCAGACAUUCUUCGGCCAGUUCUUCACGUUCGCCAUGCCCAGUAUUGAGCUCGCUGCUGUGUGGGGCGCUCUCUUUGACUCGAUCUUCCUCAUGUUCAUGGGUUUCAAUCCGCCGGCGUCGAGUAUCCCCGACGGGUACAAGUGGUUGUUCCAGCUCGUGCCGCAUCGCUACACGUUCGAAGUGCUCACUGCUCUCGUGCUGGGAGACUGUUCGGACGAGCAACUGCAGCAGAUCGCAGAGGCUUCUUCCACCAACUCCACGAUCGACGUCUCGGGAUGGCCAUUGGGCUGUCAACCACUCACAGAAGCUCCUCCUGCAGUGGCAAACAUCCCUCUGACCUCGUACAUCGACGAGGUCUUCGGUGCACGUCGUGAAGACACCACUCGCUCGGUCGCUGUCGUGGUGGGUCUUUUGUUAGUGAUGCGAUUGGCUACACUGAUCGUCAUGCGCGUUGUAAACCACCAGAAACGCUGA